AUGCAGGGUCCAGCUGGCGAGGGCCUCGGAGCAGACCUGGCAGAGGCUCGGAGGGGUCAAGACCAGGGGUUGUCAGCUGGAGGCUUCACCGAGGCUGCUCGUGUCACGGUCAUGCGUCUAAGAGCGCUCGGCUCCUCCAGCACAACCCGACAUGCAAGACAAGAGGCAGCUGCUGACGUGACGCCUGCGGAAGGAGGCGACCUAGCCAUGGCGGACAUCCGCACACUCGCCAUCAAGAAGAUGCGGGGCUUCGGUGGUGGUAUCGAGGUCUCCUCGACUGCAUCAAAGGCCUCAUUGGCCAACGCCAACGCCAACGCCAACGCCAACGACGACUAUUGUUCCUGCAGCUGCUGCAUUGCUGCGCUCUGCUGUACAGUCCCUGCCUGGUCACACAUAGCACAAUGA